AUGUUUGUAGGAUCAAUGACUGGUGCUCCUAAAUUACAUAAUGUACAAUUACUUGAAAAGGGUGGUGUGCCCAUUUCAGUGUUGUCAUUAGAACAAUGUGCUGGUGGUGCUAUCAUAGAUCUUUCAAACCCAGAAAUGGGAUGGCAAGAAAUUUUAUUAAAAUUGCAAUAUAACAAAGUUUGA